AUGGCGUCGGUGGCGAUGUUCCGUUCGACCCGUUCCUGCAAGAACUAUUGGUUUCGGGGAAGAUGGAAUUGGAUGUGGAGGAGGAAAUAUGAAAGUUGUUUUUCAACAGUGGCUUGUGCAAUCAAAAGCAAUGACAGCAACAGCAAGGUUACAAGGGUGCUAUUCUGUGGCCCCUAUUUUCCUGCUCCCACGAGGUACAUCACCGAGUAUUUGCGAGACUAUCCAUUUAUUGAGGUUGACGAAGUGGGCCUUGAGCAUGUACCUGAAGUUAUCCAAAACUAUCAUAUAUGUGUUGUAAAGAAUCGGCGCAUCGAUUUAGAUAUCAUUGCCAAGGCAACCCAGAUGAAGAUUAUUAUGCAGUAUGGCGUUGGGUUAGAAGGUGUUGAUGUAAAUGCUGCUACAGAGCACAAAAUUAAAGUUGCAAGGAUACCGGGGAGUAUGACAGGAAAUGCAGUCUCUUGUGCAGAGAUGGCAAUAUAUCUUACCCUUGGUGUUCUGCGGAAGCAAAAGUUGAUGGAUGCUGCUGUGCAUCAGAAGGACCUGGGAAGUCCAACAGGAGAAACAAUAUUAGGCAAAACAGUCCUUAUCCUAGGAUUUGGGGCCAUUGGUGUGGAAAUUGCCAAGAGGCUGAAACCAUUUGGUGUAAAAAUUCUUGCUGCUAAAAGAAAUUGGUCACCAGGCUCAUUGCCAUGUGAUGUUGAUGGGCUUGUAGAUAAAAAAGGUGGACCAGAAGAUAUGUAUGAACUUGCUGGAGAAGCUGACAUAAUCAUAACAUGCUUGCUACAAACCAAUGAAACAGUUGGAAUUGUUGAUGAUAUGUUCCUCUCAGCGAUGAAAAAGGGUUCGUGUCUGGUCAAUAUUGCUAGAGGAGGACUUUUGGACUACAAGGCUGUGUUCGAUCACCUUGAGUCAGGUCACUUAGGUGGUUUGGGUAUUGAUGUUGCCUGGACAGAGCCAUUUGAUCCAGAGGACCCCAUUCUCAAAUUCUCAAAUGUUAUUAUAACACCACAUGUUGCUGGAGUCACCGAAUACUCCUUCAGAACUAUGGCAAAGGUUGUUGGUGACGUCGCUCUCCAGCUUCAUUCAGGGGAGACAUUCACCGGAAUAGAAUUUGUGAAUUAG